AUGGCCUCCUCAAACGAGUUGCUGCGGGUUGCUGCCUUCUGUCUCAGCGCUCUCCUGGAUGCCUGCUCCGUGCCUGUGUCUGAGAUCAUCACCGUUGAAGAAACAGACGUUCAAGGGAAACAUCACGCCAGUGGCAAAUGGCAGAAAAUGGAAAACCCAUAUGCUUUUACAGUGCACUGUGUGAAGAGAGCACGACACCAUCGCUGGAAGUGUGCACAGGUGACCUUCUGGUGUGCGGACGAGCAGCUGUGUCACCUGUGGCUGCAGACCCUCCGGGAGCUGCUGGAGAAGCUGACAUCUCGACCAAAGCAUUUACUGGUGUUUAUCAACCCAUUUGGAGGGAAAAGACGAGGCAAGCAGAUAUAUGAGAAGAAAGUGGCACCGUUGUUCACACUGGCCUCCGUCACCGCCGACAUCAUCGUUACUGAACAUGCCAAUCAAGCCAAGGACACUAUAUAUGAGAUUAAUAUAGAUAAAUACGAUGGCAUCGUCUGCGUCGGUGGAGACGGCACGUUCAGCGAGGUCCUGCACGGUCUCAUUGGCAGGACGCAGAGGAGCGCCGGCAUCGACCAGAACCACCCCAGGGCCGUGCUGGCCCCCAGCACCCUCAGGAUCGGCAUCAUCCCAGCGGGUACGGAAGCCUGGGGUGGAGCCGCUGUGCGUAGCAGCCGCUGUGGGCAUCCCGUAAUCUGACCGUACUUGGUUUAAUUAUACACAUUUCCUAUAAUUAGGGCUGCUUUGGGGAGGAAUAUUGGGUUUUUCCUUCGGGUUCAUUCUUCUAUUUAAAUUAAUUUUAUCACCACACAA